AUGAAAAGUCAGCUAGAAGAGUUUUACAGUUCGGAGAUUUCUUGUCCAGAUAACAAGACCGUCAACCAUCGUAGGUCCAGUUUGAAGAAAUCUUUUUUGAAACUGCCUCGAUGGAUUUACGGUAAAAUAAAACCGAAGAAAAACCAAACACCCGACGAAGAAUUCAAGAUCGACGGUGAAAAUGAUUUGGCCGCAACGACGGGAGAAGUGUCAAAAAAACAUACUCCCAGGAAGAACAGCUGCGGUGAUGGCGAUCUGGACACUGCCGUUGUGACCAAGCUUUAUAAGGCUAAUAUUCAUAUGGCGAAAGAAUUAGCGUUAAUGAAAGAAGGACAGUGCUUAUUCGAACAAAAAAUACAAGCCAUUCAUGAUUUUUACUCGGUGGAAAUAACAAACAAAGAUGCCAAUUAUAACCAGGUAGUGAAAGAGUUGAAAAGUUUAAAGGAAAAAGUUAUGAAAAUCACGAGAUCCGGUGUACAAUUUGUCGAACCUGAGGACGAUAGCAAAAUGUACUUGGUCAAUGAAUUGGAUCGUAUACAGGAAAAAAAUUGUAUUAUGGAACAAAAGUUGUCAGAAAUUAGCAGUUUUCUAUUGCAAUCCAUGAACAAUUAUAAAAGCGACUACAACAGAUUUGAGGAACAAUUAAAAACUUGUAUGCAAUUGAGUGUUAAAAAUUCGACAGACAAAGUUAAUUCUAUUGUAGACUUGAAUGAUAAGAUCGAGAAGCUACAGAAAACGGUGGACGAAUUAUUAGUUGAAAAAAAUGCGUUAGUCAAAGCAAACAGUAGUUUAUCAUUAAUGGCUGCAGCAGAGAUCAACAGCUUGAAGACGAAAAUAGCUAUGGUUCAGCGCAAAUUACGUCUAGAACGUAGAGAUUUAAAGAACGAGAGAACUGAUCAUUACAAUCGAAAAUAUGAUAAACUGAAAAUGCGACUCUGCAUGAUUGAAAAAGAAAUGAUACAUCGAUCGGAACAGUCCAUGCAGAACAUGGUAAUGAUGUCAACUGCGUGUUUGAGAAGAGGAAAUGAUCAACAAACGUCAAACAUUGUUUACGAUACAAAAGUUCAACCAGCAUCUUUUUCACCACGAGCACAAGAAACUGCAUCUCAUUCGAGAUCACCAUCAAUCACUCCAGGGCCUCCGCCUCCACCUCCAUUUACACCUCCGUCACCACCUCCACUUACACCUCCCCCACCACCUCCACCAAUAGCAAAAUUACCUCAAACGAAACAAUAUCAACAAUAUGUAAUAAAUGAUGAUUUAUUAAAAGACAUGUAUAAGCAGCUGAGAAAACCUGGUAGUGAAAUUAGGAAAAUACCAAAGCGUACAGAUAUGAAAAUUAAUUGUUCAGCCACAACAAUCUCUGAACAAACGAGUACUCCAUCGGAACCAGCAUUACCAGUGACUCAAGAUCCUCAAAUUGCAACAAAUUCUACCCGACUGGAGCCUGUAUUAUCGCAAUCAACAGAAGAAACUCUAUUAACUCCUCCAUCGCCACACGCACCUGAAGUACCACCAGCUUUUCCGUUAUCAGAAGAAAUUCCAAAACUUCAAACUACUCCGUCGUCAGAAUUAUGUGAAUUACCAUUAUCUUCUCUAUUUCCGUAA